AUGAGCCAGGUUCUUCCGGCGGCGGCGCAAAGGGUCGAUAGUCUAGCUCAGCGCAUGUUUCCGGAAAGACCACAUCAUUUAUCCGUAUCACCAACUCGACGGUAUCCCGUUCCGCCCGACUUCUUUCACCAAUAUUCUCAACUCGAGUACAUGACCUUCCUCUCCGACACCGAUCGCGGCAUCCUCCUGACCCGACCCUACUAUGACAUACGAGAAGACCAAUCGGAUUCGCUGGCACCCAAUUCUACAAGUGCCAUUCCGCGCUCCGAAACCAAAAAGACAAUGAAUAAAAUGUCUUUCAAAGAUUAUCAGCAAAGCCGAGCAAAGAAGGUGGCCUCGCCAAUCCCCGAGACGAAUCCCGGCGGCUCCAGGGGCGAUGCGCGACAGGGCGGCGCGGACGGCGCAAAACAUAUCAAGGCCUCCCUCAAAGCAUCCGAAGGCAGGAGUAAGCUUGAGGAUGUUGCGCCAUCCAAGGAGUCGGCGAAUCAGGACGCCGUCACCAGAAGGCCUAGGAUACCGUCCAAGAACGGACGAAGCCCGUCGCCAGCCUCAACCAGGCGGUCGCCAGAACCAUUCGAGAGCGACCGACCUCAAAAACGACAGCGCGUCGAUAGUACAUCUUCGAGACCCGAGACCAGCAGGACCCCCAAACCCGAAUCUAGUCAAACCAAGCGGCUUGCACCUGUCGCGGAAGUUGCAGAUCGUUCCAGUCAAAAGGAUGUCAAGAGCGCAUCAAAGCUGCUCCCCAACGGGCGCAGCACAUCGACUUCUCGGAGGGAGCCUUCUCCUCAAAGGCAGCCCGUUAAUGGUUUGAAGGAAAAGAUCGGAAGUGCCGGUACAGUCCGCGCCGGCAAGUCGGAAGCAUCUAGCAAGCAAAUAGUCCCGCCUCUACUUUCACCACUUCGUCUAUCGAUAGACGAUGAGCAAGAAAGUAGAGGCAGACAGUCUACCUCAUCAAAACGACCCCCAGAUGUAUCGUCACAAUCCAAAACAACGAGCACGCCCAUAAAACAGAGGAAAUGGUCACUGCCUCCACUGCUUUCUCCUACGCUGCCACCGGCCGUAGAAGAGGAGCUGGCACGUACAAGUAACCAGCGACCUGCAAAUGCGCCCAGCAGCGCAAGAAAAACUGUCAAGCUGGAUAACGAAGAAGUUGUUCAGGAGGAGGAAGAUGAUGAGAUGAUUGUUGUUCUCAAGUACAAGAAACGAAAUUCCAUGCGGGUUUCGAGGCUAUUAGCAUUAGAGCCAGCUUCCAAAAAGGAGGCGCUCAAGAAAGAAAGAUCCAUCAGCGCUGAGGUCAAGUCGCCGCCAGCGAAGAAGCGGCCGAGAGCAGCCGAGCCAAUUGUGGAGCAUGUUGCCUCGAAGCGGCCUCGUUCCUCCCUGGACACCAUCUUGGUAUCCAAGGCCCCAGCACCUUCGACUCCCCUCAAACAGGCCACAGCCAUGUCCCGAGCCGCAUCCAGCAACUCGCAGGCUCACACUCCCGGUGGGACCAACGGUUUAACGCCAGGUGCUGGUGAUCGUCCACCCACCAGUCACGAGGGUGACCCUGCCAAGGGGGUCUCCAUGUCGUCCCUUCGACGAAGACAGAGCGAGUGGACUUCACUGGGCACACAACUCAAGCACAAGCGCGACGGUGUGAUCCGGUCCCAGGGUAGUUCGCAGAAUGGCGCAACUUCUGAUGCGCUCAACAGUCUAUCCAACGGUAAUAGGAAGCAGGUUGCCCUACUGAGCUUAGAGAUGGUGCUGUCUUAUAUGGUUGCAUUCGACGCCAUGAACCAAGCGCGCAGCCUCGACCGAAAAGCGGGUGAUUUUACAAUAUGGGAAUCGCUUCUCCCACAUCUAAUCGAACUCAAAAACUUCACUUCCCCGUACCGGGCACUUGAUGCAUUGAGAAUGCAAUUACAUGCCCUUGUGUCAGAUGCGCUCCUGUCAGUAUACUGGCAGCAUGAGCAGGUCUGGGCCAGUGGUGGUGGCAAGACGAAGGCCAUGAGGAACUGUCACCGAGAUGUGACUCUGUACUGGUCCAAGGCACACGAUACACUGGCCAACCUCCACGACGCUACUCUUAGGGCGGAUCUAGGGCCCUGGAGCAGACCCCAGGCUGCGGCAGCUGCGGCGCUUCGAGUGCUUCGACGCUUUGCGGAGAAAGAUGGCAUUAGUUGGCGCGCUGAGCUCAGUCUGGGGAUGGCGAAUGGGUCAUGA